AUGGUCGCUACCAGGAACCACCCCAAACCAUUCCCCGACCCACCCGCACCAACCGAGUCGCCGUCCAAAGCAUCACCCACGAAACGAGUGACGCGCACGUCCACCGCGAGCACCAGCUCUCUCACGGAAGAAACACUGCCAUCCCCGCCACGACCACGCACGACCGUGUCGCGGAGAUCAGAAUGGACACAUACGCCCAGCAAUCUCGCAUUGUUCUGGCUUGCUGUCAGCCUGCCGCUCGUAAUCUGGGAUAUGGGAUAUGUGCUGCUCCGACCUCAUAGCAUGCCCGGUGGCUGGCUUCACAAGCCACUCUGGGGCCCCUACGAACUGUACGGACGUGUGGAUUAUGUCUAUGGAAUUCAAGCGUGGGAGACGCAUAGCGGGUGGACGGCCGCGCAGACGUAUUUCAAUGUGUUGGAGACUGCUGCGUACCUCGUCUAUCUUGGCAUUGUGUAUGCCUAUGGAGAGCCGGAAGCUGUUCAAGGGCGUGGAGCACCUGAUAAGAAAUCAAUGGGUCGGUUUAAGAAGUUGAGUGAGAGUAGGACUCUUUCUGGACGGGUUGCUAUCUAUGCUGUGCUGUUGGGGUAUAGCACUACGUUUCUUACGUUCAGUAAGACUGUUCUAUACUGGCUUUUGGAGGCUUGCUCGGGUUGGGCAAACAUUGGACACAAUGACUGGGCAUCUCUGUUCUUCUUGUGGAUCGUCCCUAAUGGAGCUUGGAUCGUCUUUCCGUUGUAUCUGUCGUAUGUCUUUGGACAGGAGAUUAUACAGGGCCUCGACAUUGCUACUGGUGGGAGCAAGAAGGCCAAAUAG